UGUGAACGGAGCUGUAUUUUACUGUGAAGGGCCGAACCGGAAGUGAGCUGGUGACUCCGGUGGCAGGAAUGGCGGCUAUGAUUACCAGAGGAAGGAACCCAAAGACCCCGAAACUUUACUUCUGACGGCUCCGCGGAGGAAUUCGUGCCCGGGCACACAGAGAAACAGUCUCCCGUGAGGGAUUGGAGGGAGAAGAAGUGCUGCGACGGGCGGUUCCGGCGCUGGAUGUGCGGGUCGAGGAGGUGGACGCACUUUGCGACUCGCUCGUUAGCCUAACGUUGCAGCCGCUGACUUUGAUUCAAGGUAGCAGCUAGCUCCCUGCUCCACUGGCUUUGCUGGCCCAACAAGUUAACUAAGUGUUUAACUGCGGCGAGGCACACCGCGUUUGGGUCUCGGAGCUGGGCUCGGUCCCGUUUCUCAGCACGCCGUACCCGGGUGGUUCACGGGGAGUGAGACAACAAGUCGACAUUAUUACCGUUAGCUAGCCGCUGACGCUAGCUGAGUUGGGAUCCUGAAGUCUCGCCCAUAUUUUGGAUCCUGCCCCAGCCAUUGGCUAAGGGCUAACCAACAGUCAACUAGUCCCGUUUUCGGGUUCAAUUGGUACUACGAUGGAAAGUCUAACGCUGAGUGAUGUGGAGCAGAAAUAUUACUCGGAUUUGUUCGUCUACUGCGACACGGACAACACCAAAAAAGUGGCUUCCAACGGGAGAGUUCUUGACCUUUUCCGGGCGGCCCAGUUACCCAGCGAAGUUGUCCUGCAGAUCACAGAGUUAUGUGGAGCCACUCGGCUGGGUCACUUCGGAAGGAGCCAGUUCUACAUUGCCUUGAAGCUUAUUGCCAUUGCCCAGUCCGGGCUGCCUCUGAGGGUGGAGAGCCUCAACUCGGUUAAGGACCUGCCGCUGCCCCGGUUCGUGGUGGGGAAGAACGAGGCGGAGGCGCGGCACGCGGCGCUCUACCAGGAUACGGACAGCGGGGGUUUGUAUCCUGCCCCCGGUGCUGCAGUAAUACCCCGGCCACCUGGCAGGGGUCACCAGAACAAGAAAGGCCCUCCCACCUCCACCUCGCUGCCGGUCCACGAGGUCAUCCAGCCCCUGGCGCCCAGCAUAGAGCCACAGCAGCCAGAAGCAACCUCCCCAGUCGUCUCCCCUCACCAGUCCCCUCCCACAUCCCCUCACUCCUGGAGGAAACACAAGCGGCAACACAGCGGCGGAAACGUGGACCGGCAACCGGUGGUGGCUGCGACCGGAGCUGUGUGGACGCAGUUCAGAGAACAACAAACAGGAGCAGGGACGGGUGACGGCAUGUGGCCGUCCCACUCGCCGCCGCCUCCCGGCCAGGAGAGCUGGGUCAGUUUCACAGCGGACACGCCGCCUUCCAGCACGCUCCCAACAAUGCACCCCUCAUCAGUCCAGGAAAGCACAACAAUACGAACCGUGGCCUCGGCUGCGACAAACAACGAGAUCCAGCGGCAGUCCAGCACAUACGACGACCCGUGGAAGAUCACAGACGAGCAGAGGCAGUAUUACAUCAACCAGUUCAAAACCAUCCAGCCGGACCUCACGGGCUUCAUACCCGGUUCAGCAGCAAAAGAGUUCUUCACCAAAUCAAAGCUGCCAAUUUUAGAGUUGUCCCAUAUUUGGGAGCUGUCAGACUUUGAUAAAGACGGAGCUCUAACCCUGGAUGAGUUCUGCGCCGCCUUCCAUCUGGUCGUAGCCAGGAAGAACGGCUACGACCUCCCCGAGAAGCUGCCUGAGAGCCUGAUGCCAAAGCUGAUUGACCUGGAUGAUUCAGCAGAAGUCCCUGAGCAGACGGCGGACGUCGGAUACUCGGCGUCACCGGUGGAGGUCACCCCCAACAAGUCUCCCUCCAUGCCUUCACUAAACCAGGCCUGGCCGGAGAUGAACCAGAGCAACGAGCAGUGGGAGACGUUUAGCGAGCGCUCCUCCAGCUCACAAACUCUGACCCAAUUUGACUCUAACAUUGCACCAGCUGACCCUGACACAGCCAUCGUCCAUCCUGUUCCCAUCCGGAUGACGCCCAGUAAAAUCCACAUGCAGGAGAUGGAGCUGAAGAGGACUGGCAGCGAUCACAACCACCCGACCAGUCCUCUGCUGGUGAAGCCUCCAGAAUUGUCCGAAGAAACCAAACUACCCGCCUCCAUGAAGUUUGUAGCUGCCAACACCGUCGGUGACGGUUACAGCAGUUCCGACUCCUUCACCUCAGACCAGGAGCCAAUCACUCGGCAAAGGUCUCAGUCGGGUACGUCUCCAGAGGCGCUGAAGGUGGUGGCCCCGCCCCCUCCUCCGCCCCGCCCACACCCGUCCCACUCUCGCUCGUCGUCCCUGGACAUGAAUCGCACCUUCGCUGCCGCGGCCGCCACGGGACAGCAGCAGCCUUCCUCCAUCGCGUUCCCCCCCGCGGUGCCUCCUCGACCACUACCCACACAGACCUCAGUCCCGCUCACUGGGCACAGAGUGGAGGCUGACGGCGUACCCGGCGGAGGAGCGGUGCUCACCACCACCUCCCCUCAGCAGAUCCCCCAGCAGCCCAACUUUGCCGACUUCAGUCAGUUCCAGGCCUUCGCGGCGUCCGAGCAGCCGUCCAGCCUGCCGGAGGUCGACAAACACGCCGAGGCGGGACAGGUGGAGAAGACAUCAGAGGGCGCCGGCCCUUUAAGAACAGUGAAGAGUGAUGGUCAAGCAGACGAGAGACCGUCAGCGACGGUCAACUCGGUUAAAGCCGGCUCGUCAGGUCCUCUCGCACCUCCCCCUAAACCGGUCCGGCGGAGGUUGAAGUCCGAAGACGAGCUUCGACCGGAGGACGAGCAGCACGGUCCACAGAAGUCAAACGUCAUCGCCGCGGUGCUGGCCACGCAGCCGUCCAUCCCCAGGUCAGUCGGAAAGGACAAAAAGGCCAUUCAAGCUUCAAUCAGAAGAAACAAAGAGACCAACACAGUUCUGGCGCGACUCAACAGUGAACUGCAGCAACAACUGAAGGACCUGCUGGAGGAGAGGAUAUCACUAGAAGUCCAGUUGGAGCAGCUCAGACCUUUCUCUCACCUUUAACCAACACGCCGAGCGAAUCUCGGCUGUAGUUCAUCGGAAACAAGGCUUUGGCCCUUCAUGGCAUCUCCCCCCCCCUCCCUCCUCCUGCUCCUUAUUUUUUUUCACUCUCUCUCUCUCUCUCUCCUUCCAACAUGGCGGCUUUCUUUGGGGGGUCGCAGGCCCACCGCAGAGCGUUCUGUUCAUGCUGUCGUGCUCAAUCACACGCCGAUCGCUCAUGAACCGGACGGACCCGAGAGCACAGUCUUACCGACGGGAGGAGGAAACACGAGGGGAUUUUACAAACUGGCACUUUUCAAUGUUUUUCUUUUUUUUUUUUUUUUUUUUUUUUACAAAGAGAGUCUAAGGUGACAGCGACCGCAAGCUGAGACGGUUCGGAGCGACAAACCAGACGCUCCAACUCUGAUCUGAAGACAAACUGCUAGUGUCUAAUUACUUUACUCUCAGAAUGACUGAAGGUGUGUGUGCUAAGUGUGUGUGUGUGUGACUUUGUGUCUUCCCUGCAGGCUCGUGCUCACAUGUUGGGCUCGCCACACCAAACUCCCCUUGAAAGGCAGAUUUAAGAAGGUGGUGAUUCAAUGGUUUUUUUUUUUUUGCUUCUUUCUUAGCUGAAGUCUGAUCUGCAGUAGUUUCACAUUAAAUCCGGAGAACUGCCGUUGCUUCGAUGUGAUAAUUCUAAAAAUUAAAACAAGCUUAGCAAUAAAACUCUGGCUCCAGCCGGUCUAGUCCUUUAAAUCCAGCGUCCAAACUGGCAGAUCGAUGAGCAAACACUGCACUUGGUAAUUAACUACAAACCAUCUCUCUGGGUACGACUGGGACUCACUACUGCCACCUGAUGUGUAAACGUGGCAUUACAACAGAUCAGAGGUAGAAAAUUGCACUUCGUGAUGCUUCUAGAUUGGACUUGGUAAACUGGUGAGCCGCCGUCUUUGAAAGUUCUCACGUUACAUGUAGCUGAGCCUUUUCUCUUUGUCCUGAACACAAAAACGUAACAGAAGCUAUCUGAAGACUAAUUAAUACCUUGAGUUCACCUCAUCCAGUACAGAGGCUUGAUGGAGUUUGGUGACGUCGUCUUUGUUCAACAUUCUGAGUUCACUCCUGCACAGGACUUUUGCGCGUGUGUGUAUGUGUGUGUGUGUGUUUGAAAAGCCACUUGCGGCUAAAUAAUCACGGUGAAGGCUUUUUUUGUCUCGCGAAUCCAGCCCGCCUCCUCCUCCUCCUUAUUACUGCCCCUACAAACCUGUGUGUGUUUCGAAGCAGUGAAUGAUGCCGGCGUGUUUCCUGAUCUUGUUACAGUGUUUGAGGGUUGAUGUUGACUGAAUGGUUGAACUUUAUGCCAAAUGACUGAACUCUCACUCUGCUCUCUCAUCUCCGCUCGGGCUGUCUGAAGAAAAAGAAGAAGAAGAAGAAAAAAAAAACCCAUCCUCCCCUCCCUUCCUGCAGGUCUCUCUGUGGCUCAGCUUGUCUUUUCGAACCACAAAAUGCUGCGGUUAUUUGUCCGAUCUUUACUGUACGGAGAAGUGUUACCACACUCACUUGAAGGGUUGGAGGACAUUCCAGCUGCUCGACUGCAGGAGGAGGCGGUGCCCAUGAAGAAUUGCUGAUUUGGAGAAGAUUUUUUUUUCCGGCGGUUUCUCUGCAGCACAGCGACGUGCACAGGUCCGAAGUGACGGUGCAGGCAGAGUUUGUGUUGAUUUUUGUCUGUCGGGCAGUCGGCACUAUGCAAGUAGGGGCGAUACAUCCUCACAGACCAACUAUACUUAGCUGUACUAUGAUAGUAGCAACUGUGUGAACAGUAUACCCUGGUCUUUGUAUCGUAGAUCUUCCAAAA